AUGGGCGCAUUCUACGACGAGAUCCCCGAGUCCCUCAUACCCUGGAUCAAAAAGUCUUCUGGGUCGCUUCGGCGCCAUUGUCAGCAGCAGGAACAGUCAACGUCUCUCCCAAAGGCCCGCUACGACUGCUUCACCAUCGACUCACCCACUGCAGUCUGGUACGUCGACAUGACCGGCUCAGGGAACGAGACGAUUUCUCACAUGCGCGAGCCGGGAAACGGGCGCUUGACAAUCCUAUUCAACGCCUUCGAAGGCCCACCCCGCAUCCUCCGCCUCUACGGCCACGCCACGAUCCACCCACGCGACACUCCCCAAUUCAACGCCCUCCUCCCGCCCGACGACCCGCGUCGGUUGCCUGGUGCGAGAGCGGUGGUUUGGAUGGAGGUCGAGAGGGUCGGGACUAGUUGUGGGUAUUCGGUCCCCUUUUUCGAGUUUGUCGGCGAGCGACCUCGACUCAAAGACUACUUCACGCCCUUCGAACACCUCCCCUCCCCGUCCCCCUCUCUCUCCAGCUUUCCCCUCACCCCAACUCCGAAACUCCAGUCCUACUGGGCCCUCAAGAACUCGGAAUCGGUCGAUGGACUGCCGGGACUCGAGGCGGCUGGGUACCCGCCCAACGAGGGGGCGAUUCGGAAAGCGAGGAAGGGGGUCAGCGUGGCGUAUGGCGCCGAGGCUGUUAGGGAGAGGGAAAGGAAGGGGUGGAGCGAGCACAGAGUUGGGGUCGCGGUGGUGCUGGGACUCGUUGUAGGGUGGUGUGCGGGCCAAGGAGGGCAUGAGUGGGUGAGGGAGGAGGUGAGCGCGUUGGUGCGACAGGUAGCGCGGGCGGUGGGCUCGCCGGUAGCGUGA